AUGAAUGGUACUGGGAGUAGGGCUAAAGUGAGGGAAAUGCCUAGUUGUUCUAAGGGAGGUGAGAUCAGUGAUAGUGAUCAUGUUGAUCUGAUUAGAGAGCUAAUAGUAGAGCAGGCAGAAGAAUGGGUUGAGAGGGGCACAGUGGAAGGUUGUAUACAACCUAUCACUAUUGACAACUCACAACUUGUGGAUAUCAAAAUCCAAAACUCUGCCACUAGUUCUAAGACAUCACAAAGAAAAAAGUCCUCCUUUGUGAGAAAACCUAGAGGCAAAACUUCAGGUAAUAUAUUGGCUAGUUUGGCUGUGCAAGGGGAGGAUGAUGUAAUGCCUUCCCUGUGA